UGAAUCCAGGCUACGCGUUACCUCUGACAUCUCGGGAGCUUUUUCUUCUACUCUUCUGAAAGCCUCUGACCUGCUAACCAUCUCGGCCCCUCUUCCUUCCACCGACGGCGUUAUGAGUACAAAGCUGUGGACAGAGGAGCAGUUUAACUGCCCCGUGUGUCUGGAUCUGCCAAAUGAUCCUGUCACCAUCCCUUGCGGUCACAGCUACUGCAUGGCCUGCAUUAAGGACUACUGGAGUAAGGAUGACCCCAAAGGGAUCUACAGCUGCCCCCAGUGCCGCCAGACCUUCUGCCCCAAGCCCUCCCUGUCCAGAAACACCAUGCUGGCAGAGGCUGUGGAGCAGCUCCGCAAAGGGGCCCUCAAAUCAGAAGUACGUGAAUCCAUCCGAAGCGCCCGAGGGGUCCCCUCCUCCUCAUCUAGAGCCAAAGGCAAGCUCUCCUCCUCAGCCGUGCCGUGUGACAUGUGCAAAGAUGAACAGCGAGCGGCAGUCAAGAGCUGCCUGGUGUGUAUGAGCUCCUACUGCGAGGCCCACCUGAAGCCCCACCAGACCAAGAAAACCCUCAAGCAGCAUGAGCUCAUCCCACCCACAGGCAAUCUGUCUGAGAAGAUCUGCACCCAGCACAAGUACCUGCAGGAGUUCUUCUGUCGACAGUGCAAAAUGUUCAUCUGCUGGCUGUGCACCAGCAACCAGCACAAAGGCCACGAGAGCGUGUCCACCAAGGUCGAGAGGCUGGAGAAACAGAAAGUGCUAUCUGAGCUGCAAGCAGAGAACCAGCAGAAGCUGAGAGAGAGAGAGCAGGAGCUGAAAGACAUGAAGAAGAUGAUGGAGCAGAUGAAGCGUUCUGCUGACACGGUGCACGACGACACGGAGCAGGUGCUGUCGGAGCUGCUGCGCUCAGUGGAACGUCUGCAGGAGCUGCUGGAGGAGGUGCUGGAUCAGGCCAACCAGGAGAAGAUGGGCCACGCUCAAGAGGUUGCAGAUAGCCUGGAGGCCGAGAUCAAGGAGCUGAAGAGAAGGGACACUGAGAUGAAAGAUCUGGCAAGCUGUGAAGACAAUAUCCACUACCUGCAGACGUACGAGUCUAUGUGCGCUCCCCUUGAGUCUGGGGAUCUGCCAGCCGUGAAUGUCAAUCAUGAAGCUUCUUUUGAGCCUGUAAAAGACACCAUCCUGGGUCUGAGGGAGCGAAUCGAGGAUCUCUGCAACCUGGAGCUCGGCAAGAUCACUAAACAAGUAAAUGACACAACACUGUUCACUUUCGGAGCCUCCGGCCGGAAUGGACAAAAAGGAGGGAUUUUAAAAUUGUUUUCCGGUCUUGGCGCCCGAAACACAAACACCCGCUCACAGGCUUCUACACCCGCUAUCUCAAUUGGAGGGCGAAGUACAGACAAACGAGGACUUGGUAUAGGACUCAGAAGUCAAGAUGUGAGGAGCAGAGACACACCUCGAGUUGAGAACAGAGCUAACACAAGCUCCCCCAGACUGAGGGACAGACAGCGGAGAGAGGACAGAGAAACAUUGAGGGAGCCUAACCCCAGAGCCAGCACCAGGUCCAUCAUCAACCCCAGUCCGAGCCCCACUCCCAGCCGUAGAGAAUCUCAGUCACUCUGGAGCAGGUCUAGCCAGAGCCAGGCUGCCCUUGCUGCAGCCACAACUCUGACUCCAGUCCCAGCCACCCUGACUCCAGCUCCUGCUCCGACUCCAGCUCCUGCACCAGCAUCUACUGGACCUUUCAGUCGGAUGGCGUCGAUCAACAGCCUCUUUCGCUCCCGUCGCCGUGGCACCAACCAGGCUACUCCAGCUGCACAAGCCAAUAACGCGCCACCUGCAGGAGGAAAUCCAUGGGCCAUGGCUGCUGUGUCUGAAAGUCCCACAGAGAUUAACCCCGGCCUCUUUUUGGACUCGCCCACUCCGGUCUCCAUGACUCACGCUCCAGCUUUCCCCGCACUGAGGGAAAUCAGCCUCGACAGUAUCCAGGCCCCAGAGCCGAGGGCUAGAGAGGAGUUCCUGCAAUACUCAGUGAGCUUGACCCUCGACCCCAACACAGCCCACAGACGGCUGACUCUCUCUGACAACAACACUAAAGCCACCCUGCAGGGGGCGGCGCAGCUUUACCCCGACAGCGCCCAGCGUUUUGAUGGCUGGACCCAGGUGAUGUGCGACAGCCCGCUGUAUGCCCAACGCUGCUACUGGGAGGUGGAGUGGAGAGGCCAGGGGUCCUCCAUGGGCGUAGCUUAUGGGGCGAUGGCCAGGAAGGGCUCGGAUGCCAGGUCAGGACUCGGUUACAAUGCCCAAUCCUGGACCCUGGAGCUGUCGGACACCUGCUGCUCAGCCAUGCAUGACAAUCAGAAGAGGGACAUUCCAGUCGUGUAUUCCCCCCGUGUGGGCAUUUACCUGGACCUGUCCACGGGAACGCUGUCAUUCUACAGCGUUGCAGAGAGCAUGACCCAGCUCCACACCUUCCGAGCUAACUUCACCCAGCCGCUUUAUGCUGCCUUCUGGGUGGGGAGCAGAAUCGGGGUGGGGCUAGACUUCAGCUCGAGUUCUGACAGCAUCAAGAUCUGCCCCAUGUGAAGACCACAGAGUUGAUAAUUCACUGACUUCAGAGCUGAACAGAAAAGUGGACGUAUUCAUGCUGAUCGGCUGGAUGAUGCAAUUGACUGAAAGUAUUUGCAAAGUCAUACCUUAAAUGCACUUAGUGUUCUAAUGUUGAGCACAAAAAGCAAAGACUGCACUGUUUUUAGCAAACACAAAAGACUUUGUCACAGAUUUGGGGUUAAGGCUGUCACAAUAUCAGUUACACAGUAAUCGUGGUGCUAAUGUCACAUCUUCUAUAGAAAUCAUCCUUAACUUUAUUUAUUGCACUACCUUUCUUUUUUUGGGGGGGGUGGUUAAGAUGUUUGGGGUAACCGGGUGGGCAUGGAUGGUGAU